GCAUUGUGUCCAAGUCCUAUGAGUGCCGACUGAAGGGGCAAGGAGCAACAUUUGUGGAGACUACAAGUCCUUUUACGGCAGCAGCGCUGGGAGAGGUUUCUCCAGUGAAGGAGAAGGUCUUUCGGGGCAGUAGAAGACAGUCACAGUCACCCGAAGAAGUUCAGCAGUUUAUUAUUAUUCAAGGAUAUGACGGUGACUUUGGCAUUGAUGCCUCUGUGGAAGAAACAGCAGCAGCUACCCUUCAGACACUGGCAAUGGCUGGUCAGAUGGCCAGGGUGGUCCAUAUUACAGAAGAUGGGCAAGUCAUAGCCACAAAUCAAAACGGCUCACAUGUGAGUAGUGUGGUUCCUGGGCAAAUACUUACCGAGCAGUUGGCAGAUGGUGCAACACAGGUGGUAGUGGUUGAAGGAACAGGAGCUGAUAUGGAGGAGGCCGUUCAAAUAGAUGUGGUUCCUGAGUCCAGUAGCACUGUACUGCAGCAAAUAAUGCGACAAGAAGUUUUAGAUACUUCUGAAGCUACAGUCCAUCCUCCAGAAUCGUCCUCGGCAUUAGAUGCCCUGCUUUGUGCCGUAACAGAGCUGGGUGAAGCGGAAAACAAAACUGGACUUCUUGACAGAUGCAAGUCUACUCAAAAAGAUUUCUUGCAAAUGCCAAAUGCAGAGAUGCCCAGCAUUCCCAGUGUUGCAGAGGGACAAGAAAUACAAAUGUUCCAUGAAGUUCAGGAGACUCAGGAAGAUACCAAACCUCUGGAAGUAGUAACACAGGUCAUGCACCCAUCAGCUAUAAUUGCAUCUCAGGAGAGAGCUCAGGCUGCCUUCAAGAAAGUGGUCCAAGGAGUAUUACAGUUUGCUGUGUGUGAUACGGCUGCAGCCGACCAGCUGAUGAAAGAAGGUGUCACUCAGGUCAUUGUAAAUGAGGAAGGGACUGUGCAUAUGGUAGCUGGAGAAGGCUCUCAGAUAAUUAUGCAGGAAGCUGGUAGCCACGCACUCAGCGUCCAAAGUAAACACAUGGAUUUAGUUGAGUCAGAUGGGCAAAUAUCACAGAUUAUUGUCAGCGAAGAAUUAGCUCAAGCCAUGGCUCAGAGUUCUGAUGGUGACUUCUCUGAAGGUGCAACACACUACAUUGUCACAGAAUUGCCACCAGACAUGCAGGAUGAGCCUGGUGUGUAUUCCCAUGCAGUGAUAGAGACAGCUGAGUCUCAAGACAUUUUGCAGGCUGGUGCUGCUAUAAAAGCAGAUGCUGUAACCCCUGAUAGAGCAAGAGAACAGUUAACAAGCAUGGUCAUUUAUACAGAGGGUGGCUCGCAGGUAAUCCAAGGCCAGAAAGAUUAUAACAAAGUACAAGAAGCAUGA